CCUUUUUUUUUUUUUUUCUUUUAUCACUUUAUUAAUCCAAAUGGAGUGCCUCCACGUACCAUAUUUGCCAAUUAAAAAAUGGCCAAGUCCACCCAAGUCUUCUUAUGUACGAAUGAUCGGAAACUUCUUUACCUUCUGAUAUUGCUCCCCCUUUCAUUCUCAGCACAAACUCUCAUCUCACACACUCCACACCGAUGGAUUUCCUGCAAUCCAAGAAUCAGUAGUGUUUGAUCUCGUCCGAACUUUGGUGGGAAAACUCUGAUUUGGCAGCUUGGAUCUCUGCGCUCAACGAAGCUCACAAGCUCAUCUGCAUGCAUGCCCCCCAUAAAUGUCUCCGUCUGAGAUAGUAGAGAAAGACUCACACAACCCUACAUCACUUGAAAGUAGACAUUUAUGGGAUCAAAAUUCAAAACGGAGGAGAAAGGCUUGGGAAGUGGAGUAGUCAAGCAGGCUACACUGAUAUAAUAGGCUUUGUAGACUUUACAGGUUUGAACUCAUACUUAGUCAUUUUGGGUAAUAUCUCCUUAUAUUUCUCAUCGGUAAGUGGCAAAGGUAUCCUUAUCUAUCUUGUCUGAGAAGGAAAAUUUAAUGCAAUGUUGGUGGGACCUGUGUCAAGUCCAUUGACAUUGCAAUGCACGUCCGCAUGGUUUUCAUGCCAAGGGACAUCUCCAUGUUUACAGGUUCCUUGAAGAAGAAGAAGAAGAAGAAGAAGAAGAAAGGGUGAUUCAAUGGGUCAAAUUCUCUCCAUUAUUUUUGGUUGGUUGAGGGGUGAAAGAAAUGACAAAAAGAAGCCAAGUGAAAAACUACCCCUGAUUGCUCCACCAAGAUUGGGGAAUCUAAUUACUUCUCCACCAAGCUUAGGAUCAUGUAGGGACUACGCAUUGCAGACAAAUCUACGGACUCAUCCUCCGCCUCCACUGAGCUCUAGCUCUAACUCUAGCUCUAGCCCAUUCACCCACUUCCAAACAAGUGGUGCAUCACGUCUUCAGCCAAGCUCAUUCACCUACUCCAAAACAAGUGGUGCAUCACGUCUUCAGACAACACUACAGACUCAUCAUCAACUCAACUCGAGCUCAUGUGGCUUCUCUAUCGCGACUGUGUCAUCCCCUGUCCAGCCAAAACUAGAAACUCGCCAGCAACUGAGUUCUAGCUCAUGCAGCCAAUCCAGCACAACCCAUUUUUACCCAAAACCAGUGCAGACUCAUCAGCCACUCAACUUGAGCUCAUGUGGCCUCUCCAGCACGACUGUAUCAUCCCCUGUCCAGCCAAAACUAGAGACUCACCAACAGCUAAGUUCUAGCUCAUGCAGCCAAUCCAGCACAACCCAUUUUUACCCAAAACCAGUGCAGACUCCUCAGCCACUCAGCUCCAACUCGUGUGGCCUAUCCAGGCCAAGUGGUACUUCUCAUGCUCAGCCAAAGAUACAGACUCAUCCUUCACUACUCUCUAGCUCCUGCAGCCACUCUAGCGUGAGUGGUGCAUCUCAUUUCCAGCCAAAUCCAGUGACUCUUCCACUGAGCUCUGUCCCAAGCAGCAACUCAGGCAUCAAUGGUGCAUCGCAGCUAAACUCUCUGGGUUUUCCACUGAGCUUGGACCCACGCAGCAAUUCCAGGUCUGAUGAUGCAUUGGAUCUGACAAUUCCUGCAAAAUUUAAAGUCCAAGUUGUAGGUGAUGAGAAGCAAGUUUCUGCACGGCUCCACCAGUACAACAUAAUUGAAGAAAAAGAAGAACGAACCAGAGGAGUGGUAGGAAAAAAUUGGUGGGACUACAGCAGCUGUGAAGAAGAAGACCUAGAGGAAGGAAAACUUAGAGUAAGAUGGAUAAAGCACUACAGCAGUGAGUACAAAAUAUUGCUGGUGGGUGAAGGGGACUUUUCAUUCUCUGCGUCUUUGGCUGUGGCUUUUGCUUCUGCUACAAACAUAACCGCUACUUCUCUUAAUUCUAUAGAGUUUUUGAGCACAAACUAUAGGCUUGCCUUGUCCAACAUCGAUAAACUCCGGAGCUUGGGAGCUAAGGUCAUGCAUGAUGUUGAUGCCACCAAAAUGGCAAACGUUUUCCCAUUCAAAUGCAUGCGUUUUGAUCGAGUUGUUUACAACUUCCCACUCGCUGGAUUUUUUCCCGAUGAACCCAGGGAGGAUGAGAUCUGGCGACAUCGGAUGCUGGUACAACAGUUUUUAGAAAAUGCAAAGAAGUUGAUUCACAUAGAUGGAGAAAUCCACAUUACUCACAAAAGCAAUGGCUUCUUUUAUGAGUGGAAUUUGGAAUUUCUAGCCUCAAGAGUUGGGCUAAGACUUAUAGAAGAAGUGCCCUUUAAUUUUAGGGACUACCCAGGGUACCGCACCAAGUAUGGCUUUGGGGGUGACAGUAACUUCAACUGCAGCCCUAGCAAAACUUACAAAUUUGGGCAUAAAAAAACGACUGAGAAGCCUAGCUACAGAUUUAUGAAAUGAUCCAAGUGGGAGGAGUUUGAAACUUUGUUUUUGUAAUUAAUACAAUGAACGUUGGUGUGGAAUGAACAUGUGUGGGUGUGAUCUAUAGAUGUAAUCUUUUAAGAUGCAAAGGUUUUUAUGUAGAAAAGGAAAAAGGGUGAAUUCUGGUGA